CGGUGAACGCUCGGUAUGAAAAUUGAUUUUUCCGAUACCACUUAAUCAGCAAUGGAGCAUAAAGUGUGCGUACGUGACUUGAAGAUAGGAGGAACGAGUAAAAAAUAACCCAACUUUUCCUCGUCUCUACGUGAAGGAGGAUGUCGCCCUGGAGGAUUGUCCAUUGAUCCACAACGUCGCUGAUCUGUUCACCGUGAUUGCGGCUCCGUGCCGGGGCAUUUGAUCGCUCACACGAAAGCUGUCCCUCUUCCUGGAAAAUGAGCUUCUUCGGUUUCGGUCAAUCCGCCGACAUCGAGAUCACGUUGGACGGCGCUGAAACGCGGAAAAGCGCGGACAUCAAGUCGGAAGAUGGCAAGAAGGAACGGCAUCUACUCUAUUACGACGGCGAGACUGUAUCUGGCAAGAUUAAUAUCAGCUUACGGAAAGCUGGUAAAUUGGAGCAUCAAGGUGUCAAGGUAGAAUUUAUUGGACAAAUUGAACUGUAUUACGACAGAGGUAAUCACCACGAGUUUACGAGUCUUGUGAAAGAAUUGGCAAGGCCAGGGGAGUUAACACACAAUACAGCGUACACAUUUGAAUUUCCAAAUGUGGAGAAACCAUUUGAGAGCUACACGGGUUCUAACGUGCGACUGAGAUAUUUCUUGAAAGUGACAAUUGUACGAAGACUCAGUGAUGUUGUUAAAGAACUCGAAUUAGUUGUGCACACGCUUAGUUCCUAUCCGGAUAUGAAUAAUCCCAUUAAGAUGGAAGUCGGAAUUGAAGACUGCUUGCAUAUCGAAUUUGAAUACAAUAAAAGCAAAUAUCACUUGAAAGAUGUUAUUGUUGGGAAAAUAUACUUUCUUCUGGUUAGAAUAAAAAUAAAACACAUGGAGAUAGCAAUCAUCAAACGAGAAACUACAGGCUCCGAAUACAUAUUCGCAGGUCCCCAUACGUUCACUGAGAACGAAACCAUAGCAAAGUACGAGAUUAUGGAUGGUGCACCAGUUCGUGGAGAAUCCAUACCCAUAAGGGUAUUCCUGGCUGGAUACGAUCUGGCACCCACAAUGCGCGAUAUAAAUAAGAAGUUUAGCGUUAGAUAUUAUCUGAAUUUGGUUCUCAUGGACGAGGAAGAUCGGCGAUACUUCAAGCAGCAGGAAAUAACAUUGUGGAGGAAAGGUGAGAAAAGCAGAAAAUCGCAAACGGCCUCGCCGCACAUGCCGUCGCAUUUGGUGUCGGCUGAAACCGGAUUCCCGCAGGGCGCUGCCCAGAACGGUCCGCCGUCGGAGCCACCUGACUCUGAUCAACUGCCAACGAGCAACAUCACCAACGAAGAUACUCCAGCGCAAAUCGAAGGCAUGACGCGGGAAGAAGGCGAUGGCGAGGGCGAGAAGGAAGCCGGUCCUGAAAGUGAUUGAGUCUCCAAAUAUUAUAGUUCUGUUGCUGGUGCCAGUUUACGGUCCAGAUUAGUUGAAAACGUCAAAUAUGGCUGAGAUAUGCAGCGAAAGAGGAAUUAUAGUUUAAAGGAAGAAAAACGUCUCCUUUAUCGCGUUAGAUGAUUUGUUUUUUUUAGCGAGAGGAACAGCGGGACGUAUAGGAGACUCCCGCUUGCGAAGUUGUAAAUAUUUUGGAUACCUUAUAUAUAAUUGAGAGCGAGAGGUUUAUAACUAGCAGAUUAUCGAUCAAAAUUGUAACGUUGUUGAAAGGCAGAUUACAAAGGAGAAGGGACUUCGUCGUUUGGAGAAGAAAGGUAAUUCCGAGAUUGUUCAACGAACCACGUUACAGACGAACGUAUUACGCAAACGAGCAGCAUAAUAUUCCUGAAUGGACGGCUUACUAAUCAAAUAUUAGCCAACGAUAUACAUUUUGCAAAACAUCUGCGUGUUACAGUGUUCUAAAUGUUUUAUACAGACAAUUGCCCAUUGACCCGCCCACUGUAUAAUUCUGAAAAAAACCCGAAAUCUACGGCAGCAUUAUCCAGCAAGAGAGCGCGCGCGCGAGAAAGAGAGAGAGAGAGAGAGAGAGUUUAUAAAUACGAAAUGGAUACAUACUCAUAAAGGCUGCCCCAUAUUAAUCCGUUCACUUAGUCUACGAGUACCGCAAGGUACGGAGACACGAGAAAGCUACUUAUGUGUACGAUGCAUGUUUUUUGAAAAUAAUUUUUAUGUAAUUACACUUCGAGGGAGCGCGAGAGAGAUCACACUUAUUUUUAGAACGAGUUUGUACAAACGUAAAACGAGGAAAAAAAAAGAUGUCGAUUCUUGCACGACACGAGUUGUAGAUUCUCUUCAGCUUUUGAGUUUGGUGCGACUGUUCGCACAGGGGUAAUUUCGUAAAAGAUGGACUUUUAUACGCAGGGACGUGUGUAGCUUGCGUCACAUCAAUCUUCCCGACAACACGAACACAAAUUAUGAUAUCUGCUCAAAUCGAUAUGCCUUUCCGGACACGAGAGUGGAUUAUGAUAGAUUAAAUAAUGGGGUAGCCGCCUCGUGUAUUUAUAAAUAUAUAUAUAUAUACAUACAUACUAAAAUGUACGUGUGUGCAUAUAUACAUGUACGCGACUUUUUUAAUUCUGGCAAUAACGACCGGAUUAUACAGGGCGUUCAAUCGUAUCAUUUUAUUGACACAAUGCUUGGGAAAAAAAAGAAACGAAUGAAGACUCACAGAACAUGUAAUAUAAAUUAAUAUUUGAUCGUUUGCGCGGUUUUGAGAGCAGUGAUUUCGAAUGUGGGAGCAACGUGCUUCUACUUUACAGCGAGAUGUCAUCUCGAAAACUUUGUACGAAUCUAACGAGACAUUUAUUUUACGUGUCAUACUCGAGAGAUUUUUUUCUACGCGAGAUCGUCUCUUGCCACUUGCGUCGCGAUGUAAUCGAUAUCUUGUAUAUGUACGCACGCACGUACACACGUAUUUGCAUAUUGUAAUAUCACCAACAGUCAUGAUGAGCAGACACACUUCCUUUUCUCGUUGCGGUAUCGUGAAAUGCCGUAGCGACGAAAGUGAUGCAGCUGCGAGAGGAAAAACCUAUCGUUUUGUACUGUUCUAUAUCACCGAGUUUAAAACUGUAAAAACAGAACCUUACAGAGAAGGAAAUACAUAAUUUAGAUAAUAUAUAUAUUCAUGUAAACUGACGCUCGAGAUUUUGUUUUAUGUAAGAUUUGAUUUUUCAUAAUUCACAUAUUUGUUAUUCGUUGAUUGUAAAGGACGAGCUGAAG